AAGAACACUCGCGCAGUCUGGUCAACAAUAAUGUGUGGGAUGACAGAGACAGUCCCCCUUUUCACAUUGUUCAUCCAGUGAUUGGCCCACCAUCCCAUCCAUCAAUGAAUAUGAACGAGCUAUUCCAAGUAGUGUAUACAAAAAAUACGUCACCUCUACUCGUAGCCAAUUGCAGCCCUGUUUUUAUUAUGACUCCCUGGGAUUCCGCGAAUUUGUUUCUUGGAGUUGGUGAACAGCUUCAUGCAGUAAAAUAGGACAAGUUGACGCAUUUGUGAGGAGAGAAAGAAACCAGUAGAACCUACAACACUAUUCCAGGACCGUAUUUAUCCUUCACAGGCUACAGAGGAGUAAAACAAACAGCAAUACUUUUAAAGUUAUUUGAUCCGUUUCUGUAAAAUAGUAUUAUUUGAGACACACAAAGACGACAUGUGGAACUAAAAAACACGUUUCCUGAAAUCCCUGUGAUGUGAAGAUAGCCAACCUGAUAAAUUACAAGGAGAGUCGUUUUAUCAAAGGCGAAAAUAGCAGCAUCAGUUCGGAGAACUGAUUUUUUUCCAGAGUUCUUCGGCAAUGUCGGAGGUUGAUCUCGCUGCUGAGUGUUUAGUCUCCAUCUCUAACCGCCGGCCACCGGAGGACCGCUGUCCCGAUGCCAAACCGAAAGAGGACAUGUCGAAAGAGAACCAAGAAAACAGGACUUUGUUAAUGGUGGCGAUGAUUUUGCUCGACCUGAACAAAUGUAACCAGAACACACGCAGUGAGACAUGUGGUGGGGGUAGUAGAUGUCUGGGCCAAAGUGAUGCCAAAAGCAUGGUUAACGGACACCUGUGUGGUCACAGGGUGAGCGGGGACAGUCGGGGCACUGCAAGGGCGCAACAGAACUUGGCAGAAAAGCAGUCACGGAACAAGAAGGCUGUGAUUGUGCACGUGUCCUCAGAGAAGAGACAUUGUUGCCCGUUCAGCGGCUGUGGGAAGAUGUAUGGCAAGUCUUCCCACCUUAAAGCCCACCUUAGAGUGCACACUGGUAAGUGUUGUAAAGGUUAGGCUACAUACAGAAGUAAACUAGAUAGUCUAUACUGGUAUAUAGCCUAGCUACCGUGUCAUUCUGUAGGCCCACACUAGUGCAGAGAUUAUUUUGAGAACAUAACUUUGACCAGAAUAUUGCAAAAUUAUAUGGCUCUCAUAGUUUGGUCUAAAGACAAUUCGAUUUAGGGUAUUCUAGAAUCUAGAUAACCAUCGUGCGUACGCUCUGUAGGAUGUGUUCGUGUUGUACAUAACUCAAAUUAUACAGGAACUGUCUGCCUGUGUGUUUUGAAUGCGGAGGUGUGUCCAUGGACAGAGAGGGGUGCGCGCAAAGGGCGCCGCGAUUCUUGUUGACACUAGAAUCAUAGAGGCCUCUAGUGGCCAAAAUGCAGGAUUAGCAUGGGCAGCGCCAUUGAGGGCUUCCACCUCUUUAACCAACAGGGUGGGACUUCCAACUUCAUUGGCUGAUCCCUCUCGAUGACCCUGUUGGAGUCAUGUCCAACCGGGUCAUAAGGAGGGAUCAGCCAAUCAUGAAGAAGGAAAUUGACUACUUCAAAGUGGAGAUUGCGUCAAUGGCGCUGCGCAUACUGUCACAGAUGCUAUAAUGGCACAGAUACAAAGAUGAGUCCUCUAUCUCUCUCUAUGGUUGACACGUACUGCCGAGCAAGAAAUAAGAACAUAGUGUGCAUAGUAGUACAGAAACCGACUUCCUAGACAUGUAGAUAGGCCACAGUGGAGGUGUUAAAAUACCCAUAAAACCUAGUGGUUUUGGGACUUGCAAGGACUUGUAGUCUUGUAUGUCUACUUCGAUACUAAUUUAGUAUUUUCGAAUAUGACAGUAAAAAGAGCCGAAUAUACUGAUAAAACUCAAGAGAUUUCCGACUUGCUAAUAGGUUGUAGUUCUACACGUGCCGCGUUCAACCAGUUAGCAAGUCGGAAAUUGUAAGAGUUCCGACUAGAACGUGAACGCGGCAUUAUAGACGGGCGGCUGACAACGUCACGAAGAUGACGCGCACUCAUCGAUGUGGCCCGAAGGCGUGCGUUGUUAUGAUUCUGAACGGUCAGAUAGCUAGCAACAAUGACAAAAAGCUAUCGUGCGGAAUCGUACGUGGCUCGUUUCAGCUCUUUGUAUAUUGUUAUUGAUACCAUGUCUUGGUUUGAGUUGUUUUGACUGGUUUCAUGGUUAUGCUAAUGUGGCUAACAUUUGCUAGCUUUUUAUUUGUACAUUUGAUUUAUUUUUAUAUUAAUAUAUAUAUAUAUAGAAAUUGUCACAUGCGCCGAAUACAACAAGUGUAGACCUUACCUUGAAAUGCUUACUUACGAGCCCUUAAACAACAAUGCAGAGUUUUAAAAAAGUAAGUAAGAAACAUUUGCUAAAUAAACUAAAGGAAAAAUUGUAACACAAUAACAAUAACGAGGCUAUAUACAAGGGGUACCGGUACUGAGUCAAUGUGCAGGGUUAGUGUUGGUAAUAUGUACAUGUAUGUAGGGGUAAAGUGACUAUGCAUUGAUAAUACCAACAACUGUAACGAUGUAUUUGAGAGACAACAAGUCCUCAUUGUUCAAAUGUAUUAAUGUUUUCAAUAAACAUUUGGAUAAGCAAACCCUGUCUGUUUUGCCCCAUAGUUGCGCACACGUCAGUUUUGUUGCUAAUCAACCAACCCGUCUAUAGCCUACCAUUUCAACCAAGUGGUAAGGACCUGUUACCUAUGUUUAAUGUGUAGCCUGGAUAUAUUCUUGUAAUAAAGCCACUCAAGCCACGUGUUGUCCUUGGUAACCCUGCGACGCCCCUUCCUCUUACGUCACAUAUUUCACUUCACUCAUAUUCUGUUGUAGACAGGAGACGUGGUCAUGAAGGAAUUCAACACUUGGAUAAAUUAGGCCUAUUUGUAGUACAAAUGAGCAUGUAGAAUUCCCUUAAGAUCAUUUUAUAAAAAUAUUAUAAUGUUCCUGACAUAGCUACCAUUUUGAGUGAGUAGACGUGUUGAUACCUAGAGAACAUAUUGUUAUAUAGCCUUGUUAUAAGAAUACAAUAUUAUAAAAGCUCUUACGUGCUUAAUGGUAAGUGAUGUCUCAAAACCCACAUUUUCACUCAAUUGCACACCUGUAGAAUGGAAUGUUGGCCAAUUUUAUUUAUUAUGAAAAAUGUUGACCUUCAUUCUGUCAUUGAGUCCUCAGAAUGACUCCACUUAUUCUCUCUUCCUUCUCUUUGUCCUCUUGAUGGGUAUGGUUCUCCAGGUGAAAGGCCAUUCCAGUGUACCUGGCCAGACUGCACUAAGAGGUUUUCGCGUUCAGACGAGUUGACGCGCCACUACCGCACACAUACAGGGGAGAAGCGCUUCACCUGCCCGCUAUGUGACAAGUGUUUUAUGAGGAGUGAUCAUCUGACCAAACAUGCCCGCCGCCAUGCAGGCUUUCAUCCCAGCAUGCUUCAGGGCACCGCAGUCAGAAGAAGCCGCUCCUCCGCCUCCUUCUCCUCCUCCUCCGACUCUGGAGACCAGAGCCCUACUGAGGUGUGAGACACACACAACCAACAUAUACUACAGGGAGGUGGAAGUAGGCUAGUUACUUUAUCUACCCAAUAACAAACACUAAUUUUUGUCUGUUGCAAAAUGUUAUGAAAAUUAUUUGCCACUGUGGGCCCAGUGCCCUAUUGAACAUGACCCUGUUUGUUUUCUGUUUGGUAAUAGCUGGUCUCUAGUGACCCCUAGUGGUGUGAGCAAUAUUAUCACUGGAAUGUGAAUAGUGGUAUAAAUCAUAGAGCCAUUCACCUUUUUUGCAUAAUAUUUCAUUUUCUCUUUCUACAAGGAAUACUAGCAGCAAUGUAAUAAUAUAUGUGAAGUAUAUCAUGUUUUUUUAUUUAGACAUUUGUUUUGUUUUUACACUCCCAGACAAUGAGAGGCCUUAUGUAGAAAAGUGCUCCAUAAUGUAAUAGUAUCAAUCACCUUGGUAGUCAUGUGUGUGUGUGUGUGCUAGUAGUUGAUAAAUAAUUGCCUAAAUGAUGGUUAUGUUAUAACACAAAGCAGUGCAGUGAAAUUAGUGUUCAAGUCACAGAUGGGGUACUCAUCAAACUGAGAUUGGUGUCAAAUUGCCAAGUGAAACUAUCCAAAUAGAAUGUAAAGUUGUGUGUUGCAGCUUAGAUUACUAUUACAACAUUUGCAGUAUUGCAAAAUUCUUUGAACUUUGUACAUUAUUUUGUAUUUGUAUAGGGGAUUGUGUAAUACUUUGUGCCUUUCAGAUUGAAUUCAUGCUCAGCAUUCUUGGAUGUUUUGAAGUUGUUCUAAUUUUCUGAAUGUCUGAAGCUCCAUCUGUCAACCUGUGGAUAACUAAUUUAUGAUAGUAUUGCUCACUGUAAAUACCUGUGUACUUAAUUAUGUCAGAUACUUUUAACAUUAAAACAAUUAUCUUUGUACAUCGGUA